CAAAAUGGCGGGUGGUUGAUGGGAGAACAUUUUCUACUUUGGCCACGUACAGCUGAUUGCUCGCCAAUUUCGGGAUUUUUUCAGUUUAUUUGUUAUGCCCAAGAGACAAAAAUGAGUAAAUGCCUCAUAUCAGGCCUUGAUAAAGCUGAGAAAAGACCACACUUGGGUUGGAAGACAAUUAGCUCUGUUUCUAGUGAUUCUCCGGAGAACGAUGAUGUUUGUUUGCUGGAUGAGGGUUUGAAGCAGAGUGGAGAGCAAGCUUCACCUCCUUCCAAAGAGUCUGGGAAAUUGCUGACAGAUGGACUCAGAAAUCCAAAGGAUUUUGAUGCGAAAAAAACAAAUUAUACAAUUCCCAAGAAAACCCAGAAAUGGAUUGAACCAUCAUUCUCUCCAAAAGACAAUGGAUUAUAUGAAAGUCCUCAAACAAGGCCAAAAAGGAAAGCAGCUAAUCACAGCACUCCCAGGAAGAGGAAUUUUGAGAACGAAAUUGGAUAUCGUAUUCAACGUCAAGGGCAUAAGACUCCAAAAACUCGAGGAAGGGAAGAGGCUGCCACUCCCAAGUCACGAUGGAAGCAUGCAAGCCCCCCUGGUUGGCGAGGUACACCAACAUGUCCCAGGAAUGAUUCCUCUCUUGAAGUUUCGGAUGCUUGCAAUGAGGGGACUUGCAGUGGUUCUGACCCUACAAGAACUAAUAAGCGAGAAGAAUUUUGCUCUCUUGAGGAAGAGCAAAAACAUUGUUGUUCAGUUUUGGAUGACCUUAUGGGUGGUCAGCACGAGGGAUUCCAAUCCAGCACUAACUCUAAUGGUGAAAUUUUAAGUAAUAAAGACACUGAUUCCGACGACAAUUUGAGGAAAAAAUCAAAACUGGGAGAAAAUGCAAAUUUGAAAAAAGAUGAGAAUUAUGAAGACUGCUUUAAAGAUUACUUUUGUGCCAAAUGCUCCACUAAGUUGUCACAGAACAAAAAUUGCUCGCGCUGUGCCAAAGACAAUUUUCCUUCACAAGCAGCCACCCCAAGGCAACCUCUUUCACCAGAAAGAUUUUAUCCUGUACAUUGCGGCAAUCCACAUACAAAUGUUCAACAGACGUAUAGUCGGCAAUGGAACAAUGGAAUUCGUAAAUUAUUGCAGAAGGGAUCAGUGGAAACAAUGACAUCUGCAAAGAGAUCAAAUAAUGAAGAAUGCCAAACAAAUGUGACUACAAAGAGGAGAAAGAAUCAACUGAAAUUAAGCAGUAAAGACUCAGAUUCAGAACCUACACUGCAAGGUAAGAAGAAGCGAAGUGUAAAGCAUUCAAAGGUCAUUACUCCAAAAAAAGUGGAUGUAAUAACAUUAUCAGAUGAAGAAGAAGUUACAGAAGUGACAGAAGCCAACCUUGUUGUAGAGCAUUCUGAACCCAGCAACAUAAGCAAUACUCUUGUCUCAGAGUCACCCAAUAACCAGGAUAAAGAAAUUGUUGUGCAGUCAAAUUCCAUAAGCAGUAGUGUUUGUACAGACAUACCUAGCAAACGAAAAACAUUACUAUCAGAGGAGGAGGGAAAUGUCAAGAAGAAAUCUGAAAAUGUUCAGCCCUAUCUCAGAGAUGAUGUUGAAAUAGAGUUAAUGCUGGGGCAGAAUGUGCAGAUUGGAACUUUAGCUUGUAAUGCUACUAAGCCAUUGAAGGUUGCUUGCCAUAAUGAUGAGAUCUCACUGGGUGUUGAUUUUGGCAAUAAAAAUUAUGAGGUGACCAUAGCAGGGAAUGACCUUUCUUUUUUCAAAGUUAAUCCUUCAUCAAACCCAGGUCUGAUUGUGUUGGGAGUAACUCCUGGCUAUGCACUGAAAUUAAGGGAGAGGAUUGAUCGUAACAGAGGAGCCUUUCUUAAUCCAGGAAGUGCUGUUGCAGCUGAAAGGGACAUUGUUCUUGAACUCAGUGAACAUGUGAAGCCAGAGGUGAUGGCUGAUUUGGUAGAAUGGGUGACAGACAAGUUAUCAAAAGAGUUUGCUGAAUUGAGCAUAAAAGAUGUGGAGAGAAUUUUGUCUUAUAAAUCCUCUGCCACUACAAGUCAAAAGCAACAGAAGUCACCUGUUACAACCCCUGAUGGAGGUAGUAAUUCAACUAUUGCUACCCGAUCCAAGACGUACAACACGAGAACAAACAGUCAGAAGCAGCCAGCGGUAGCAGCACAAACCCUUAUUGUUUAUCCACGUCCUCCUCAACCUGGUGGAAUCACAGUCACUACAGAGGACGUCGCUUGCCUUGCACCUGGGGAAUUCUUAAAUGAUGUUAUCAUCGACUUCUACCUAAAAUACAUAUUUUUUGAGAAGCUCUCACCUGCUGACAAAGAACGCACACACAUUUUGAGCUCAUUCUUUUACAAGCGAUUGACUCAGAGAAGUACCAAUAGCAGUUCCGAUACCUUCACCAGUACCCAAGAUAGAAUGCAUUCUCAAGUGCGAACGUGGACCAAAAAUGUGGACAUAUUUGAAAAGGAUUUUGUAAUUGUACCCAUCAAUGAAAGCUCACACUGGUACUUGGCGGUGAUCUGUUUUCCAGGGAAGGAUCGCCCAACAGUUGUCAGUGAAAUCAAUGAGGAAGACGACGAAAGUGACACUAAGAAUGAAGACCACGAUAAUAAAACUGGCGAAGAAGCACAAAAUGGUGCUGACGGCGAUGACGAUGUUUUCCUAUUCCGCUCUCCGUUUGCUACGGACCGCAAGAAAACACCCAAACAAAACCAGGGUAAAAGCUCUUCGAAACAGAUCAUCACAUCACAGCCUUGUAUUCUAGUGUUUGACUCCUUGGGAUGCACGAGACAAAGGUGUCUCCUUAAUCUUAGAAACUACCUUAAGUGUGAGUGGAGAGAACGAAAGAAAGAACCCGAAGCAAAGUCUUUCGACAAGGAUGCGAUUAAAGGGAGCCACCCAAAGGUUCCCGGUCAAGACAACUUUUGUGACUGUGGUGUUUACGUUUGUCAGUACGUGGAGAGCUUUUUUGCGGAUCCAAUCACAGACUUCUCGCUGCCAAUAAAGAAACCAGACUGGUUUUCCUCAAUCGAAGAUAAGAGAGAGAAGAUACGGCAACUAGUAUACGCAUUGAAAACAAGUGGAGAGGUCGGCGAUGUGACAUAAAGCUAUCGGAGAAGUGUGAAUGACUUCGUUACCACAACGGAAAACUUAUGCGGGCCAUAAGCUCCGUAUAUUUCCCGUAAGGUUUAUAUUUAGCAGUAACCGACAUCCACGGCCAUGAACGAUUUGGUAGAAGGUUUAAGUGAAAUGUCACAACUGAUCGAAUAUUGAAAACAAACGAGUUACAUCCGGAGUGAUUCACUUUGUUGAUAUUUUGCAUCGACCUUUGGAGCAUGUUGUUGCUUUGUCGGUUAGAUUUUUAAAGAGGAAGACUGGUUCAUGAGGGGUUUCAAAUAGAAGCGAUUAUAAACAGGUAGCUGGUGCCAUUGUUUUGUUUUGUUUCCUUGAGACACUUACUGUGAAGACUGAAGUUCUUUGUGAAGUUUCAAAUGACUGCAGAUAUUUAUUGGUGGAAAAUGUGAUAGAAAUAAAUUUGCCUUUUACAACCUUAUAAUAAUUUUGAGGUGAAGCGUUUUUAAGCAACAAAUUAAUUGAAUUCCCUGUCUUUUGACUCUUGAUUAAAUACAUGUAACCUCU